UUCCUCUCCUCUUUGUGUCUUUGCGUUUCUACCGGCUCCGCAUCGUCCUUACAGGGAGGAAGAAGCGGGUGAGAAGCAAACACUUCUCUUUCCACCGUUCUACCUGUUUCUGCAGACUUGUUCUGAGGCCGAGGAGCCUUUGUUGGAAGAGAUGGUGAUGGUCCUGAGCCCCCUGUUUUUCGUCUUCAUGCUGGGUCUGGGUCUGACCCCACUGACCCUGGCUCAGGAUGACUACAAAUACAGACACUUCCUAUCCCAGCACUCUGAUCCCAAACCAAAGGGCCGGGAUGACAGAUACUGUGAAAGCAUGAUGAGGAGCCGAAACCCGAUCAACCCCUGCAAAGAUGUCAACACCUUUAUUCAUGGCAACAAGAAUGACAUCAAGGCCAUCUGUGAAGAUGAGAAUGGAAAACCUUACAGAGGCAAUCUCAGAAUAAGCAACUCUCCCUUCACCACUUGCAAGCAUAAAGGAGGGUCCCCCCGGCCCCCAUGCAAGUACAGAGCCACAAGUGGGUACAGAGUCAUUGUUAUUGGCUGUGAAAAUGACUUGCCCACCCACUUUGAGGAGUCCUUUAUCCGUCCAAGGCAGUAGCCUAGAGCUGGCUCUGCCCUUUUUUCCUUGCAUUUCCCCCUCAUACUGUAGCAACAUUCAUUGCUAGGAAUCCAGAAAAUGAGCUGCUGAUCUUUUGUUUUCUGUUUUACAAUAUGCUUAAUAAAUAAAAACGUCUCUGAAAUCAG